AAAAAAAAAAAAACUUUGAACAAAAUUUUUUCUUUCAGACUAUUUCCUGAGCAAAGAUCUUCCCAGAAGGGCAAUCAUUAGUUCAAAAUGCAUAAAGAUGUUUUAAGUCCUCAAUACAUGUCAUCAAUUGACUUUCACCAACAGUAUAAGAAAGUACCUAUUUCACUAUACCCUUACCAGUUCGAUGUUGUCUUAAAAUAAGAAGUUUUUGACUAAUUUGAUAGAUGAAAUGAUAUCUAAUUUUAACUUGUAUUUAUUGGAUCACUGAUAGGGCUUAAUUCUUGGCCAUUUCUGUCCCCUCAUCUGUGAAUUUAAUUGUUCAUUUCUCUUUCAAGAUGCUAAUGCUUUCUUGAUUUGUACAGGCUCUUUAUAAAAAUAUAAAUCUAUUGUCUGUUAUAUUUAUAGUAGAUACUUUUCUCAACUUGAAUUUUGCCUUCAACAUCCAUUCAACACAUAUUUAUCUGAGUCUCCCCGAGGCAGUGGUCUAGUCAUCAAGGAUGAAACAGAGUCCCUGCUCUUAAGGAUCUCCAGGUUUAACAGAGGGAGGCAGGUGGGUAAAAAAUAAGGCAAUAAGGCUUUCACAAGGUCCACUAGAAGUGCAAAUAGGCUAGAGUGGCUGCACUAAAAGAGGUGAGUGGUCAAGUCUACGUGUAGGGGCCAGGAAAGGCUUCACAGAGGAGAUGAUUCUUAACUUAGCAUAAAACGCUGAGUAUACUACAGUGACAAGGGACAAGGUGGGAAAAGGCAUUUUAAGCAAAGGAAAGACCUAAAGACAGAGCCAGAAUGCAGGUCAGCCAGGGGAACUUCAGUAGCUGGAUUGGGCCAGGGAGUAAAAUGUCAGGCAAGUCCAGAGGAAGGAGAGGUUAGAGAGAACUUCAGGGUCACAUAAUUUUUUAAAUUAUAUAUAACUUUAGAUGUUCAACUAAGCCAAAUUAAGCUUUAUAUCAUCUAUCUCUUUACAUAAUAUUUAAGCUUAGAAAGUCCUUCCUGACCCAGAGCUUUUAUCCUUACCUUUAUUUUCCUCUAGUUUCCAUUUUUCAUACUUUUUAAAUUUUACUAUUUACAUUUAACUAUUAAAUCCAUUUGGAAUUGACUUUGAUGAAUAUAACCAUAAGCCUCAUUUAGAUCUUUUUUCUCUUUUAAUGUUUAUCACAUCUACAUUGUUCUUCUUUCUGUAACCUUGUUGUGCUAAUAGGUAAAAACAGGAAGUGCUCAAUAUCUAAUAAAAUGUAAUCCCAGCUGGGGACAAUGCUAAAGAAAACAAAAGAAAUUUCACAGGUUCGUUCUUUCACUGAGCUGUGUUCAACACUACAGGUACAAACUGACAGCCAUUUAGCGUCCUCACAGAGUGCUACUGCUACUUUGUAUUUAUAGAUUGCAAACGUUAAGGAGCCAGCCAUUUCCACAGACAGGACCUUAUUCUCAUGCCCUUAUUCUCACGCUUCAGCAGGGAGAGGGAGGAGGAAUAUGUCACUGCCAGUGUGAUUUGUUUACUCCCACCAGAAAUUAGGUGGAGUCAGGUUUCUUCCCUUGAUGCUGGCUGGAAACCAAGUGGGGCUGGCAUCUCUGUACAGUACAGGCCAGUCACAGGGCUGUGAGCUGAGACCUGUGAUUGGUUAGAAAGGCAAGCAUAACCUGUCCAGAUUGGUUGUGGACUCCCCCUUGUUGUUACUUCAUAGCAUUCUGAAGACCUGUCUACCAAUCACAGGGCUCCUUACUAGGUGAAAAAACAACUGCUAGGAAGUGCCAAGAGGCCCUAGCAACAGUGUGGCUUUUGAAAUCUGUUAGGGGGAGACCGUGUAGUCAGUGGAUAGUGGAGGAGAGUGCCUAUACCUCAGGAAGAGACAGCUCUCAGGAUGGACACCCCUCGCUCUAAAGAACCAUUAGAUAAGCAAAAUGAAAAACCAGAAAACCAGGAAGAGAAAAUGGAGUUUAAGGAACUGGAUGGUCUGAAGGAAGCCUUGGCAAACCUCCGGGGACUGUCCGAGGAGGAGAAGAGUGAGAAGGCGAUGCUUUGUUCCCGCAUCCAGGAGCAAUCCCAGCUUAUCUGCAUCCUAAAGCGGAGGUCGGAUGAGGCCCUGGAGCGCUGCCAGAUCCUGGAGCUGCUCAAUACAGAGCUGGAGGAGAAGGUGAUGCUGGAAGCUGAGAAGCUGAAGGCCAAGAGUGAGCAUGCCCAGAAGCUGGAGGAACGCUUUAUGACCCUGGCAGCCAACCAUGAGUUGAUGAUCCGCUUCAAGGAUGAGCACAAGAGCCAGAAUGUCAGGCUGAGAGAGGAGAAUGAGAAACUGAGGCUGGAGAAUGACCACCUCUUCAGCCAAGCUCUGAAGGACCAGGAGGCCAAAGUUCUGCAGCUCACUGCCCGGAGCGAGGCCCUAGCCAAGGAGCUGCAGACUCUGAAGCAGAGAUGUGCUCAGGAUGCCUGCCAGGCACAGGCGCGAGAGAAGGAGCUGCUGGCGCUGCAGAGGCAGCAGGCCUGCGCCCACACCAAGGAGACAGAGCAGCUGCGCAGCCAGCUUCAGAGCCUUGAGCAGCAGCAUGAGCAGGCCAUGGAGCAGAUGGCGAAGGCUGAGCAGAUGCAAAGCAGACUGAACCAGGAGCUGCAGGCCAGGCUGCAGACCGUUUCUCAUGAGAAAGAGGAGCUAUUGCAGCUGUCCAUGGAGAGGGGCACGGUGCUUCAGAACAAACAAGCAGAGAUCCGCCAGCUUGAGGAGAAGUUGGAGACGGCUGAUGUGGCCAGGAGACAUGCCCUAGAGCGGUUUGAGCAAGAGGCCGUGGCUGUGGACAGUAACUUGAGAGUCCGGGAGCUUCAGCGCAAGGUAGAUGGGAUCCAGAAGGCCUAUGAUGAACUCAGGCUGCAGUCUGAAGCCUUCAAAAAGCACAGCCUAGAUCUUCUAAGCAAGGAGCGAGAACUCAAUGCCAAACUGCGCCAUCUCUUUCCAUAAAGAAGCUUCUGCCUCCUCUGGCCCCUAAUUUAGAAUUCAAAUAUUUGUGCCUUUGCAUAAUGGCGAGAGUAAAGAUGGUAUUCCAUUUAUUAUACUUUUAAGUACAAAAGGCAACUCAAAGAAAAACUACUAUGAUGUUGUUGUUGCUAUUGUUAAAAAUAACACUAAUUUUCAGUCCUACUACCUAAAAUACACAAGUUACCAAAUUUCUUUUUGUGCCUUUGAAAUCUUCCUGUUUGCUGUCAGUUUCUCCACCUCCAUAGCUCGUUCAUUCUCAACCUCAGUAUCUUCAUAUUCUCAACCUCAGAUAUCUUCAUAAGAUUUAAAAUUAGCAGCUCUUACGGAAUUAAGUGAAUCUUAAGUGUGCAAUGGGAUGUGCUACUGUGAAAAAAAUUAGCAUAAUUAGCCAUUGUAGACAGGUAGGCUUGUAGUCUCCCGUAGUUGAGACUGUAAGCUAAAAUAGCUAACAGCAUAAUAAUAGCAUGGAUAACUUGCAGGAAAAAAAGUAUCUGAUUUUGCAACUGGCCAAACCAUUGCUUGCUUCACCUCGUAUAUGGCAGUAUCCUUUUUAUUUUGUUUCAUUUCAUUUCAUUUCACUUCAUUUGUGCUAGCUUGGAAAACGAAGAUUGAGAUCAUUAAUUUAUUUUCCAAAGUAGGCAUACUUUGUUAUAGUCAUCUUAUAUAAGCAGUAAGAAUCAAAUAGGUGAAAUCAACCAGUUUAAAUUUUUCCUGCAAGCUUAGAUCACAUUCCAUUUUCUUGGGUUUUCGCCUUAAUAAAAAUAGGAUUUAGAGAUGCAAAAAUGCAAAUAUCAGUAGUGUCAUUUAAUAUUGCACAAUAUGCUAAUAGACAGAAGUCCCCAAUUUGGGGUAACAAGUCAUAGCAGACUGGAUAUGAUACACAUAGCAACAAAUAUUGUUCUGUUUCUAUUAGCAUGUUUUCUUGCAGCUAUUUCCUUUUUUAGAAAAACAUCUAAAUGGAAUGUAUAUAUGUAUACUUAACAGCAUUUUUUGUAGGAAUACUUAAAUGUAGUUAUAAAGACAAUAAUUAUUAUAUAUUUAUAUAAGGUUUUUAACACGCUUCCUUAUUUCCCUGUAUUUAAGUGAUAUAGAAACAUUAUUAUGAAUACUUCUCAAAAUUGUGAUGUAGUAUUUUCCUCACCCAUUUAAUGCCUAGAGUGCCAAGAGUUCCCUAGUGAUUUGGAUUUACUUUAAAAAUAUUACUUGGUACCUUUUUAAUAAACAAUUUUAAGCAU